AUGAGUAACAUCCCUUUUCCUUCGUGGGGGGAUCAGCAGAGCCUCUUUAAAUUAUCUUAUGCUGAUGCAGAAACGUGUAAUCAGUUGGCAAGUGUGGAUAAUCCAGUGUCUCAUCUUGAAAGCGGUGAUUCUCAAGUGACAUCCAAGAAAAUGGCCAUCCCACGCCUGGCGGAAGGGACUGAGUCUGCUUUCACUUCCCCAGGCAGAUUUCAUCGACGACAUGUUCGCCGAGCAUGUGAGUCGUGUCGACAACGGAAGACAAAGUGUACCGGAGAUAAGUCCGGUUGUCGAAACUGCCGAGAGGCUGGGAUCAUCUGCUGCUAUACAGAUGGGAAGAGAGAGAAGUCCAAACGGCAACUGGCAAGUCUAUCAGCCAAAGUGCAGGCCUACGAGGAUGUCAUCAGCAAGUUAAGCAAUCGCUUUGGUGUUUCUGAUGAACACUUGGUGAACAUCGCCCUAGCAGCGGAAUCUGCACCAAAUCUGACACUGAAUUCGAAAGCGUCCAUUGCAGCAGCUGGAGAAUCGAAGGCCACACGAAACGCAGGCUCCGAGCCGCCACCCUCUCGAUCUUUAUCUGCAAGUCCCCUAGAUUCGGGAGACCACACAGAAGAAGACUUUAACAGGGAUGAAGUUUCCCGAGCGACAGGGUUCAUCGGCAAGAGCUCUGAAAUCACUUGGCUCCAAAAACUCAGCAAAGUGGUCAACAUCGAAUGUGAAGCCUGGCCUGCAACUCUGCCCAACGCCGAUGAAGAUAAUGGCCUUCCCUCUCCAACCCUGACGCCUCGGCCAGAUACUCCUAGUGACCCAUGGGUGGUAGCUUUCAACUAUUAUCUCGAUGACCUAGAUAUUCCCACUGCAGAUUCAUCGGAUAUGUAUGGAGUUCCCUCACGAGAGACAGCAACGCAUCUGCUGAACGCCUAUCUUACAUCGGUGCAUCCCUCAUUCCCAAUCAUUGGAAUCUCAACCUUUGUACCUCAAUUCCAAGUCUUCUUCAGUCAGCCUUCCCUCAAGCCGGGGAACAAAUGGCUCGCCAUCCUCAACCUGAUCUUUGCCAUCGCAGCAAGAUUCGGUCAAUUGACGAAUGCCGACUGGAGGGAAGAAGACGAUGACCAUCAAUCGUAUUUCUCAAAGGCACGAGCUUUGAGCUUGGAGGACCAAAUUCUACAUCAUCCUGAUCUUCAGCAGCUGCAAGUUGAAGGACUGACCGCAUUUUAUCUCAAUGCAUUGGGGCACAUCAACAGGUACAGCAACAAGCAGUGCACUAUUUGGAUAUCAGCUCACCAUUAUUUUCUCUAUAGGGCCUGGAAACUUUCCGGUAGUGCAGUUCGAGGGGCCCUGGCUCUCGGGUUGCACCUACAAAAUGUGGGUGUCAGCAUACCGGAUAGCUCCAAGGAGAUCCGCUAUCGGGUGUGGUGGUCAUUGUAUACACUGGACUAUCUACUGGCGAUCUUGACCGGACGUCCGUCAUGUGUCAAUGAUAGUUCCUGCACCACACCAAUGCCAGUUCCUUUCGAUGAGAGUGAUUUCCAGAAGGACGAAGUGGCUCGCAUCAUAAGCAACACUGCACUCCGCACUUCCAGCAACUCAGAACGGAUGCCGACAAAUAGUAGUAUGGACGACCUUGAAUCAACGACAGAUUCCGACUCGAAUGACGCGCCUGCUGAAGACGAGGCAAAGCUAAGCCGUGUCGAGUAUUUGAAGAGUCUCCCGCCCUGUACUUCACUUUACUUCCUGCAGCUGGCUUCAUUAACCAGUAUCUCCAAGCGAAUGACAGUGAAGCUUUACAGUCCGGAAGCUCUUCAAUCUCCAUGGGCAAGCACCGAGUUUACGAUGCAGAGUUUGAUGCUCGAGCUUGAUUCAUGGUUCAUGAAUCUUCCUGCGGCAUACGAUUUUACUUCAACGCAGACAUCUCAAUGUCCCAUCAGUCAACGCAUGGGCGUUGCUUUCCUCUUUUACAGCACUAAAAUCGGAAUCACACGACCGUGCCUCUGUCGUUUAGACCAGUCUCUUUCUGAAGACGACAAAACGUAUGAAUUCUGCAACAAGGCCGCAGCAGACUGUGUCGAGGCUGCGUGCCACAUGCUCACAUUGUUCCCGGAUACCCCGGACGCGACACUGCUAUAUAAGAUGUCUCCAUGGUGGUGCACGUUGCAUUAUCUCAUGCAAGCAGUCACGGUUCUCCUACUCGAGCUGGCGUACCGAGCCCAGCACGUUCCCGAAAAGGCUACGAUGGUCUCCAAAGCGGCGAAGAAAGCCCUAGACUGGCUCUCGACGCUCUCCAAGACAAACAUGGCGUCUGAAAGAGCUUGGAAACUUUGUGACGGCUUCAUUCGGCGAUUGGCCCCACAUAUUGGAAUCAAUGUGAAUGACUUCCCCAUCAACGAAGAGUCGGAUUCUCUGUUCAAUGUCCCUGAUACUGUGGAAUCUACGGACAUGACCGAAGAUCCAUCCGCAGAUGACGUAGCAUUCGAUGCCUCGGAGGCAAUUCCUGCAACAGUUGCUGUGGACGCCAUUUCUGCAGAGCUUGAUUCCAUCGCCCGUUCUCCGGUGGAUCAGUCCAGCACCCCUUCCGGCAUGCAUGAGUCCUACGGCAUCGAGGCACCCGAUCUGCUCGACCAAUUCAUCAAGCAGGAGAAAGAUCAGAGCUCCUACGAUGAGUGUUUCCCUUACGACCCAGCUACCGGUCAGCUGACUGGCUCGUUCUUCCCAUCUGGCCCAAAUAUGGAGCUUGACAUGGGAUAUUUCUGGGGUGACCCGGUUUGCUGA